AUGUAUGAGGAACUAAAAGCUAGCGCUGAGACUGUUUCCUUCUUUCUUGAUGUUUGGAAGACAUCUAAUAAGAAGUAUAUUCUUGUUAUUUGCCAUUUGUCUACAGAGGAUUUCGAAGAUCGCCAGCUCGUUAUUCAUUUUGGUCAUUGUGUGUACGGGAAUCCUCAGUUGAGUAUCAGCACCGGAAUAUUAGUUAUUCCGCUCCACCUGCCCAGCGCACUGGGGAUGUCCCCUGUUGGAUUGUACGUAACAAUCUCAAGCGGUAUAUCUCAAGGUAUCAAAUUAUUUAAACCAACAGUCAUCUCAAGGGUUCGUUCCCACAUGGGUCACACUGGCGAAGACAUGGCCAAAGAGAUUCAAGAUGAGCUUCAAAACUUUGAUCUAGGCCAGAAACUCGUGGCUAUUUGCAAUGACAAUGCUAGUAAUAACCCUACACUCUGCCACUCUCUUCACAAGCUCCUCAAACAGUGA